GUUUGGGCAACACUGCAUUCAAACGCCUGCAAAGAUGUCAAAGCAAAACACGUCGUUUUGGUAUUUAAGUGAAGAAUAACAAUUUCCGAGAAACUCAUUGCAAUAAAUCCGAUUCAGAAUGAGUAAAGAAGCUAAAAUUCCAAGAUGCCAUCUCUUGGACCUGCCCUGGGAGGAUGUGCUUAUUCCACAUAUACUGAAUUAUCUGCCGCUGCAACACCUGGUCAGCCUGCAGCGGGUUAGCAAGCAGUUUCACAGCCUCAUCCAGGUGUACCUGGCCAACUGCAGGACUUUUGAUAUGAUUGGAUUAUGCAUUCCCAAGGAAGCAUUUUGUUCCAUGUUAAAGGACUGCAAAGCUCUCCAGAGCCUGUCACUCCAGAACUGCUCAGACUGGGUGACAGAUAAAGAGCUGCUGCCAGUUAUCGGCGAGAACCAGCAUCUGCAGAAAGUGGACAUGAGCGGGUGUGUUUGGCUUACCCGCCACUCCCUGGUGGCCGUGUCCUUGAGCUGCAUGCAUCUCCAGCACCUUGGUCUGGCACACUGCGAGUGGGUGGACAGCCUGUCCCUGCGCAGCCUGGUUGACCACUGCAGGGGGCUGCUGUCGAUCGACCUCACCGCCUGCAGACAGCUCAAGGAUGACGCCAUCUGCUACCUGGCCAAGAAGUGUUCGAAGUUGAAGUCUCUAUCUUUGGCAGUUAAUGCCAACAUCACGGAUGAGUCUGUGGAGGAAGUGGCCAAAAACUGCAGGAGUCUAGAGCAGCUGGACCUGACAGGUUGCCUCAGGGUCAGGAACCAGUCCAUCAGAACUCUUGCUGAGUACUGCCCGCAGCUACAGUCCCUGAAGGUGAAUCACUGCCACAAUGUGACAGAGUCGAGCCUCGAUCCUCUGCGCAAGCGCAAUGUUGUGAUCGACGUUGAACCACCCUUACAACGAGCUCUAGUUCUUCUUCAAGAUGUGCUGGGAUUUGCUCCUAUUAUCAAUCUCCAGAUAUAACCAAAGGAUCAUCUACCUGUAGGUAGGUAAUAUCAUCAGUAAGUCUACUGGGCAAACUUGUGACAUGUUUGUGUCCAGCUGUCAAAUAUCCAGACUGGUCCAUUACACAAAAUGAUGAAUGGUGAUUUUUUUUCCUCAUACUUUUUGUUAGAUAGAGUGCAAAAUAUAUAUGUAUAGGUAACAGUCAACAUUUGCCUUUCCUGCAAGACAGCGGUCAUUCGGAAGCGGUCAUACAGUGGAAAUGGCUGUAAAUAUAUGAGGACAGUCCAGGUAGACCUGAAUGUGUUGAACUCAAUUUUGUGUGAAUAAGUAAAAAUAAUAAGGGGGAAAAUGGAACUGAAAACAAUGACACAAAUGACUUAAGAAAGCCGUGAACUUCUGCCUCAUAUCCAAAAGAUGUCACUGCACUUUUCUUAAACUAUAAGGACUUUGCCAAGGACCAAGGACAGGUUUUUACCUGUGUGUGUGUGUGUGUGUGUGUGUGUGUGUGCGCGUGCGUGCGUGUAACUUAACAAUGCAUGGACAGAGUUCCUUCAAAUUAACUUGUAGUAAUAUUACUUAUGAAAGAGUAAGUCAUUAUUAAUCUAAGGGAAAAAUGAAGGACAAUAAUUUGGUUUGUAAAACUGAUUUCAGAAAUAACAAGUCAUCGCUUAUUGUUUGGAAAGUUAUUCUUGAUCCUAUAAAUGUCACAAAAUAGCACCAUUCAUAGUUCAAAAUGCACUUUCUAGGAAUAAAUAUAUCUUAAUGAAUGAAACACACAACCUGAUGCUUGCACAGAGUAGAUUUUUAAAAUAUUUAUCGCCAUAUGGUAGAAAUGAUGUCAUCGUAUCACUGUAAUGUCAACACUGCGUUGUGUAUCGGAGUAAUACAUUCAUUUGUCCUCAUCGUCUAUAAACGAGUCAUGAUGAAAUGUCAUUGUGAGUAAAAUGUAUCCACAUCAUAGAAAAACCUUUUUAACCAAAGGACGGUAAAGUGUAUUGUUGUUGUCUUUGGUACAUUGUGUACCUGGUAUUGUAAAAACACUUGUCUUAUGUUUCAUUUAGAAACAUUUAAACAUGUUUGAGUUUAAUUAAACAUUUAUUGUUUGCAUGCACAGUUUAUCUAGUGAAAUGUCCACUUCAACGAGAUCCAUGCAUUUCCCACCCCUUGACCACCAUAGUUCUGUCUAGACAUUGGCUUAUUUUGUCCUCUGUUUGUCAUCUCAAUUUCUUGUCUGCCGUCAUGACAUACUGAAAUUGAAUGCAGUUUUGUUUGUAGUGUGUCUUUCAGAAAUAAUGUCCUGGCUCCUCAGGAUAUCAACAGACCUCAAGGUCAAUACUUACCAAUACUUUACUGUUAUUUAAAACAGUUUUUACUCUAAAGGUAUAUUUGUGGCUAGAUGCUACUGGGGUAACUGGGUUAACAUUAUUUUAUUUUCUUGUAUAAUCCAUAUUUGAAAUGAGUAAAGACAUUUAUUAUCAUGACUGUUUGCUUUUAAGCCUUUGACAUGCCUUUUGUAUACCUGUGUUGAAAUCCUAUUUCCCUGUAACACAUUACAAGAUUUAUAUAAAAAAAUUGUAAAAAGACAACACCAUCAGAAAUGACUGUCAUUAGUUUCCCAUUACAUAAAGCAGCAUGAAAGUGCUGUGAUACAA